AUGGCGCUACGCAAGUACGGUGGCCUCCCGCACUGGGGAAAGAACCGUAACUUGGCAUUCAGCGGUGUCAUCACGAAGUACCCGGGAGCUGGUAAAUUCCUCCGGGUGAAGGACAGGUAUGACCCCGACGUGCUCUUCUCGAGCGAGUGGAGCGACCAGAUGCUCAGCAUCAAUGGAAGCCCCGACAUCGUCAAGGAGAGCUGCGCCGUGGAAGGACUCUGCAUCUGCUCUGAGGACUCGCACUGCGCGCCCGAGCGAGGCUACUUCUGCCGGCCAGGAAAGGUGUACGACGAGGCCAGAGUUUGCUUGUUCCUCCAGGACUAG